UGUUCUAAUCUAUAAAACCAAAUUAAAAUGUUUCUGCUACAUUUUAUAAAUGAAUAUGACUACUUAAUAAUUACAAACAUAAUAAUAAUAUAAAUGUGAUUUUGAUAAAGAUAAUAAAUCAAAUCCCUAUUGUAUCAGACUACACACAAUGUAUGCGUGAAACCAAAUUAAGUUCUAGAAUUAGACAAUACAAAAUGCGGAAAAAUAUUUCGUUGAUUCUUUUAAAUCUUAUUUCCUGUCAAACCAUACAGGCGCAAUCCUAUAAUGUGGCUGUUAUAGAAUUUCCGAUAAACCACAACACAUCUCAACAUCCUGGCGAAGUUUUAAAACAAAAUACUGCACAAUAUCUAAAACUUUUGGAUGAAAUUAACCAAAACGCAUCCCAACCAUUAGAUUUAAUAAUUUUUCCCGAGUCCACGCUGACACCAUUCGAUUCCUUUUCUGAAGCUGUCGAGGUACCAUCUAGUACCACAACUAUAUUAUGCAAUUCAACAGAAAAUUAUGGACAAUUCUUAAAAGACUUGUCAUGCAAAGCUAUUUUGUAUAAUACAACUAUUGUCAUUAAUUUAACGGAAAAAGACUCCGAUGUUUAUUACAAUACUGACCUAGUCUUUGGGAAUAAUGGAUCUAUUAUUGCUAGAUACAGAAAGUGGAAUUUAUUUGGGGAAUAUGGAAAAAGCAAACCAAAAACCUUGGAUUUACCCUUAAUAGAAAUCAAAAAUACUACUUUUGGAUUAAUGACUUGUUUUGAUAUACAAUUCGGCAUACCCGCAUUUAAUUUGACUAAAACCUUGGAUGUGCAAAAUAUUAUAUUUCCUUUAAACUGGAUUUCAGAACUACCAUUUUUAACAGCAUUGCAGGUUCAACAAAUGUGGUCUCAAGAAUUCAACGUCGCUUUGCUGGCCGCUGGUGCUAGCAACCCCCAGCUUGGUGCUGGUGGCUCAGGAAUAUUUCUUGGUGAGGCUGGGCCAGUAGUAAGUGAUCUAUUACCCACUCUAGGAACUAAAGUACUGAUUGGUACUGUUCCUCCUGUAGAGUUACUAAACAAUAAUUUUCAAAACAGCAAUAUUGAUAGUCAAGCUGAGGCCAUGGAUGAGUUUUAUAUGUUGGUAGAUCCAUCAAUCAUUGUUCAUAAUUCAAUUCUUUUGAAUACUUCUGAAAAUUCGAUGAAUGCAAGUGUGUGCCAUAGAAAAUCAAGUGAUAACGUCCUUUGCUGUCAAUUUAAUGUCUCUUUUACACAAGAAAUAAUUAAAAAUGACUUUUUAAAACAUUACACUUAUCAUUUGGUGGUGUUUAAUGGUGUUAGGACAUAUUCUAAUUUAUUCUAUGGAGGAGUGGAGACUUGCGGAUUAAUAGCUUGCUUAAAUGAUAGUCUUACGUCGUGUGGAAGAAGGUUCUCAAAUUACUCAGAAGUACAUUGGCCACUUACCUUUACAUACAUUAACAUUAGAGCUAAUUUCAGCCAAUCAGAUCAAAGAGUGCAAUUUCCAUCAACCCUACUAAGCUCAAUACGACCCCUACCUAUAGAGAGUUAUAUUUGGAAGAAGGAAGAAAUGAAUUCCGUAGUAAUCAGGAAUAUUGAGUUAGUGGAGCCUCAGACUAAGAUCUUGACUUUUGGGAUUUUUGGGAGAGAUUUUGAGAGGGAUUGGGAUCCUGUGAGAAUUAAAGGACUGAGUAAUGGUGUUAAAUUGGAUAUUUCGGUGAUUGUACUUGUUUUCUUCACCAACUUGUUACUUUUUUUGUAGUCAAUAUGAAGUUUCCUUUUCACCAUAUUUAGGGUAAAUAGGAUAAGAUCAUAGCUAGAUUUUAAUAGGCCAAUAAAAUAAAACUAUCAAGGAUUUAUUUAUUAAGUUUCCAACUUUUAAAAUAAAUAGGAGCACUUACACUUACAUACAGUAAUUGUUUGUACAGGAAAUAUUAAAAUAAUAACUAAUUAAUUUUA